AGAUAAGACACAACCCGAGAUAAAAACAGAUCAUUUAUAAAGGCAAGAGAAAUGCUUCCAUCCCAAUAUACCGGUGGUGAUAUAACAUGAUCUUCCUUUAUAUUAUCGGGCUCGCUAUACUGAAAAUUAUAGGCGAUAAAUUUAUUCAAUUUCCUUCCACUAGGAUAUUGUCCGCUAUAUACAUGUUGCUUGACUUGGCUUGGCUUGGGAUUCUAGAUGUAAACCACUAAUAUUGACUAAAAGUCAAACACUAUGCCAAGAAGAUCAAGAUCUCGCUCAAGGUCUCCAAAGAGAGAAAGGAGAUCCUCAAAAGAAAGGGAAAGAAGAAGACACAGAAGAAGUCGAUCCAGAUCUCCCAAAAGGAAAUCCAGGUCACCUCACAGAACCAGAGAGCACAGAUCCAGAUCACCAAGGCAUAAGGAAAGAAAAGAAAAAGAUCGUGAGAGGGAGUCUGGGAAGACAGAAAAAGCAGUUUAUCAACAGCCGAUUAUAAUUGAUGAUGAGGUGGAAGAACUACCUGAUGAUGAGGUGGACAUGAUGAAAGUUAUGGGGUUUGGAAACUUCGACUCAACAAAAGGUAAAAAAGUAAAUGGAAAUGAUAUUUAUGUUGCAAAUAUACCAAAGAAAAGACGAUAUAGGCAAUACAUGAACAGACGAGGUGGAUUCAAUAGACCAUUAGACUUCAUUGCCUGAGGCUACUUCCUCUUCAUCAGCGGUAGUCUUCACAGUCUAUACAACUUACAAGUAUAAUGUACUACAUUUAAGUUUGGACAGCUGAACAUCAAGUGAUUAAAUUCUGCAUAUUUGUUUCCUGAACAAAAUGGGAGAUAACUCAAUGUUAUGAGUUUUACACUAAAUGAGAAAAUGUGGACACACCGUGAUUUAUUUAAAUUUAUUUCAUUAUGAGAAAGGUUAUGUAUAAAUUAUCACAGUCAGUUGAUACAUACACAUGUGUGUCUGUUUGUGAAAUAUAACACUGACAUGUAAAAUGGAGAACUAAAAUAAAUGAACAUGCACUGUAUGUGAAAGAUUCCUCCAUUGCUGAGAUAAUUAGAUUGUCAUUGAACCUGUCAGGAUUUUAGAAUAUUUCAAUCCUUUUUACGCACACAUUGCAUUGUUGUGCUUCAUUUUAUCAACAGAUUAUAAAGUGUGAAUGUCAAUCUAAUUAAAAACAGCUAAUUUUAAUUAGAUUGUGUAAAUAUGUUUUACCAAUAAAUAUUGUUAAAAGUU